AUGAUGUGGUGGUGCCCCGCAGAUCUUCUUUCAGCUCCUCUUCUGCAUUGCUGCCCUAUUCAAAAUUGUUUUGCUGAAGCUCGUAACGAAAGAACGACAAUCAGCAUUGAGGAAACGGCGAACUCCUCUAGUUCGAGCGCCCGUGUCGGCGAGGCGUCAUCGUCCGAUUACCGUGUCGCCGUGUUCGGAGCCGGAGGUGUUGGCAAAUCGUCGAUUGUUCAGCGAUUCGUCAAAGGAACUUUCUCAGAAAACUACGUCCCUACAAUUGAGGAUACCUAUAGGCAGGUUAUCAGCUGCAACCAGAAGAAUGUAUGCACGCUCCAAAUUACAGACACUACAGGAAGUCACCAGUUUCCGGCCAUGCAACGGUUGUCUAUCUCUAAAGGACACGCAUUCGUCCUCAUUUACUCUGUUACAAGUAAACAGUCGCUGGAAGAACUUGCGCCAAUUGUGAAGACUCUGAUGGAAGUUAAGGGGAACAGCUUGGCCGAGACACCAAUCAUGCUGGUCGGAAAUAAGAGCGAUGACCAGGAGAGAAGAGAGGUGGCCACAGAGACGGGAUCGAAAUUGGCAGCCAAAUGGGGAACAGGAUUCAUCGAGACAAGCGCAAAGAACAACGACAACAUUACAGAAUUGUUCCAACAGUUGUUGGCGCUCGAAAAGAAACGCACACUGACGCUGACUAUGGAAGAUCCUGACGGGAAGGGAGCUAAGCGGAAAGGGUGCUCCAUAAUGUAG